CCUCAUCAUUUCAUCCAGGUCUUAUUAUUAUGUGGUCAGGAAGUUACGGAUAUUCCACUUCCACUGCUUCUCUGAUAUUGUGUUAGGCUGUACUUGAUUAGUGUAGACUUUAGAAUUUCGAAACCAUUUUCAUAAACUUUAGUGUUUUCAUUUCGCACAUAUUGCCAAUAAUACAAAAAUGGCAAGAGAAGUAGAAAUGCAAACAUUUAGGACAAAUGUUAUACGAGAAAAACGCGAUUCUCUGUCACAAAUUGACGAAGAUGGCGAUGGACAUGUGAGUCAUCAGGAAAUGAAAAACUUCCUCCCACACCUUCCAGACGACGAAUUGAAAAAAGAAAUCAGAAAAUCUGAUAGAAAUAAGGACGGCAAACUUGACCGACACGAAUUUAGGCAUAUGAUGGAGAGGCGUGCAAUGCGCUUUGCAAAAUUGGUCGUGCUUCCGAAAAACGAAAGAGACUUGAUGAAACGAGACCAAGUCGAUGGAGAAUAUGAAGACCAAUUCUCUUGCUGUCCUCCACCAAUUUUUAUGCUGUCGAUUAGCCUCGUCAUCAUUGGAAUAUUUAUUUAUCACACGAACGAACUGGUGAAGGAUAGAGGUUGGAUUCUUGGGCUAAAUGGACCCCCACCAAUAACUUCUGUCCUCAUUUACAAUCCUUACAGAAGAUACGAAUAUUGGAGAUAUUUCACAUAUAUGUUUGUGCAUUCUGGAUGGAUGCACAUAACGAGCAACGUCAUUAUGCAAUUAUUCUUGGGAAUUUUACUGGAAUUGGUCCAUAAAUGGUGGCGUGUCGGGAUUGUGUACAUUUGUGGCGUUAUUGCUGGGUCAUUGGCUACAUCACUUUCAGAUCCUGAAGUUUUCUUGGCUGGAGCAUCGGGUGGGGUGUAUGCUUUAAUUGCGGCCCAUUUAGCUACCGUAAUUAUGAAUUGGAAACAAAUGGAAAUGCCUUGGGUUCAAGUGGUAUGCAUAACUGCUUUCUCCAUCCUGGACGUCGGAACGGCUCUCUAUUAUCGUUAUGUUACAGAAGAGGAACAAAAGGUUGGAUAUGUCGCACACAUUGGUGGGGCCUUGGCCGGACUGCUGGUUGGGAUCUAUACAUUAAAAAAUCUGCACGUGACGACUUGGGAGAAAUGGCUCUGGUGGGCGAUGCUUAUCAUCAGCACGAUCCUAUUUGUGUUCGCAAUAUGUUGGAACAUUUUCUACGAUGAUUACUAUCUUCCUCCAAAAUAUGACAACUAAUUGUACGACUUGUUAAAAUUAAUCAGUUUUUUUUACAUAAUUUGACAAAUUAAAUGGUAGACUAAUUAUUAUGGAGCAGCUUAAAGAAAAUAGAUAGAGCAACACAUUCCAUCCACUUGUGCAUUUGAUAUUAAUUAACAGAUAAGUAAUUUGGCAAAUUAGGUGUUUAGAUAAAUAGAGAUAGAUAAGUAGAUACACUAUUUUGUAUAAUUAUGCAUUUAUAUUCUUUACCGACCAUGUUUACAUACAUAUCUUGUACUUUGUUUCACAAAUGUCCUGCUCAAUAGUUUCAAAGUUUGUUACGUUGGCAGGCAAGCCCAUCAAUUUAUGCUUUCUCCGCCGACUUAAGUCCGACUGAUCAUUAACGGAAAAACUGAAUAUUAUUUAUUUAUUUGAAAAAUUGUUAUUACAUAUUUAUUGUUAUUAUGUCAAUACAAGCGAAUACUCCUUAAAUAUCAAUAGCUUGUUUAAACAGAAAGAUAAUAAACUUUUUCUAAUGAAGCCAGAA